CCGAGAGAGGCGGCCAGUUCCUCCCCGACUGGCACGGAGUCUGGACGCGGGGAGAUUUUUAUUGUUGGUUUUUUUUUUCUCUUUCCUCUCGCCUCCCCCUCAAUCCACAUUUCCCCCCUCCCGGCCUCCCCCGUGACUCUCUCGACUUUGGCCCAGCAGUUGCGUGAGUGCCGGGCCGUACGGAAAUAUCACGCUGGGUGUGGUUGGUUCCCAAUUUUUUUCUUUUCAACUGGCGGAUAAAUUAUCAUCCGCAAAAAACCCACGACGAAGUGUUGAAGAAAAUAAAAAAAACGAAAAUAAAGUUGUGACAUGGCGGAAGCCGGUGUUCCCCAAGCGUCGUCGGCGGCCCAGCAUUCGCUCCAGCGGCAGCAGCAGCAGCGAUCGUCCGGCUCGACCUUGUCGUCCCAUCCGCCAGCGACGACGACCAUUUCGACCAUCGCCGUCCAAAGCGGCGCCACUCGCAUUGUCGUCGCCCUCCUCCAGAGCAAAGAAUGGCUGGAAUUGCAGGUGCUGGAAAUGAGCCCGGACAUGACGAGGAUGGGCGAUUGCUUCGUGACGUCAUCCGAUCUUCUCAUGGCCCACCAGGACGUUCUCAAGAAGCUUCAGAGCAAGCAGAGUCCGGUGGAAGAAUUAUUGAAACAGGCCGACCAGCUGAUUGCCAGUCAACGACCCAGGGCCGAGGUCUACGCGGCCAUGGCCGAAUCUUUGGGCCAGGCCUGGAAGGAUUUGAAUUCUUUCCUGGAACAACGCAGGGUCAUCCUCGAGUACAACGUCGCCUUUCACAGUCACGCUGAGGAUGUCAUCGACAAGCUGGCCAGCUUGGACCGGGAGUCGGCCGCCACGUCCACCUUGCCGUCGGACGUGGACAGCAUCAAGCGGCUACGCACCAGAAUAGAAGAGAGUCGCAAAUCGGCGCUGGAGAGCCUCCGGCUGGCCCUACAAGAUGGCGAAGUCCUACUGGAGAAACUGACGGCCCUGAAAAAUCUGGGCACCCUAGACUCACGGCCCGGUCACAUUUUGACGGCCGUCAACGCAGCUUUGAACCAAGUGCGGAGGUGGUUGGAAGCCCUUCAUGAUCGUCGGCGUCGAUCUGAGACGGCCUUCCAGCAGAGACGGGCAGCUCUGGAUCAAUGGUCGGAGGUGUGUUCGCUGCGGCGCGAUCUGGCGGCCACGGAGAAGCGGCUGGAAGCGCUGGGCCGGAACGGCAGCACGGCGCUGGGCGACUCUUCGGCCACGGCCGAGCUGCUCCUGUUUGAGCACAACAAGAUCACGCCCGAGUGCAAGGAGCUGCAGGAGCGGACACUGAAGCUGACGCACCGGGCUGAGGAACUGCAGGGUCGCUGGCGCAACGAGCUGGGCGGGGCUAACGGGGCGGAACAGGUGCGCAAUGAAGCGUACGCUUUGCUGGACAAGACCAGCGAAUUCCUGGAGACGGUCGAGCAGAGGGAGCAGCUCCUGGCCCAGUCGAUCCACUUCUUCAGAGUCGCCGCUACGGCCCUGACCAAAUUGGACCAGCUGGAAGUCCAGCUGACGGCCCAUCAAGUCCCACCCGGUUCGGCCCAGUUGGCCCAGCUUCAUGCCCAAGUCUCCCGGGCGCUGGAAGACGCCACCGCACCCGCCCUCCAUCACGGGUAUUCCCUGCUGGACAUUGUCGGCCGAUCCCAUCCAGGCGCUGAGGGUAUCCGGAAAACGGUGGAACUGAUUGAAAAUCGAGGCAUCCAGCUGGGCAGUCUGUGCACAGCCCACAAGGAGGAGAGCCUCCGCAUCUCGCAGGCCGUCCGCAACUUUAUUGAACAAUACGAAAGCUUGCAAUCGUGGUUGCUGGACGUGAUUGAAGGAUUCCUGAGGACUCACACCGACAUGCGGGGUACUCUGCCGGAAGCCAGGGAUGUGCUGGACUUGCACAUUCAACUUUACAACGACUUGAACAUGAGGGGAAGUGAAAUUGAAUCUUUGCUGAGGUCCGUCAAUCCGCUGUGCGAAAUGGCGGAAGAGGCCCAGGCUCACGAGGUCCAGAUGAAGGGCGACGUCCUGCACGACACGUGGAAGCGACUGGGCCGGGCCAUGGCCGACCGGGUCGAAUUGAUGCAGGCCUACGUCCGGCUCCACGGACUGGCCAUGGCCGUCCAGGAGGCCUGGGACGACGUCGAGACCAGGUGUCAGCAGCUGGACGUGGACGAAGAACCUUCGGCCGCCAUCCGCCAAGUCGAAGAAAUUUGGCUGGACGGCCAACAGAAAUACUUGCAGCUCAGCCAACUGGGCCGCAAUUUCAUGGCCGAUGCCCUCAAGAUUUCCGACCGAUACCUGGACGUGAGGAAAGCCUGUCUCUGCGUCGAAAGUCUCCUGGAAUACCUGGGCGGCCGGCAGUUGACUGUCCACCGCAUCCAGGAGACCUGGAUCGAAACGGUGACGACCAUCCAGCACACCCGUCACGAAUGGAAUCAUUUCGUCAGCAUCAUCCAAUCGGUGAUGGAAAUUCACGAAGAAAAGGAACAGAGUCUCUACCCGAUGCUCCCAAGGCCAGCUGGCCAUCAGCCGGCCUGUUCGGCCAUGGUGGAAUUGCUGGACGAGAGUUGCCAACGCGUCGUGGCCGAGUGGUCCGCCACUAUCGACCAGCUGGAAUCGAAAAAACUGGAAGCCGAACAAGUCCCUCUGCCUCCGGCCGGUGGGAAUCAGGAAGACCGGUCCAAGAUGCUGGGCGACGUUUCGCUCCUCCAGCAGCGGAUGCAGUUCCGGCUGAAAGAGUACAAGACUCUGGUACAGAUGGGCCUGGCGCUGUUUAAGAAUCUGGCCGAGGUGGAGUCCAUGAUCGAAAUGAUUGACCGGAAGCAAAUCGUUUACAAGACGACGGCCGAAGUGGACCAGGCCGUCAAGGACCAUCAAGUCACCGUCAACACCGUCAACGAAUUGAUUAAAAUCACCCGACAAGAGGCGGACCAGUUGAUCCGUCUACUUCAGGAUCAGGAACCGCCGGGAAUCACUCAGUCGGACGUCCACCUGAUCGAGUCCUAUUUGAAAAGGACGGAAGAAUAUUGGGAGAAGAGCUGGAACGCCCAGGAGAAUCGACUGGCCCGGCAGAGGCAGCGCUGUCAGUUCAACAGCGAUUUGCAUACCAUCAACGCCCAGCUGGACGACCUCAGCCACCAGCUGGCCGCCAUGAGAGGCCAGUACGGCUCUUCGCUGGCCGCCGCCAAAGUCACUUCCCAGGCCUUUUUCCAAUUCGAAAAGACCAUCGAGUUGCUGGAAGUUCGAAUCGGGACGUUUUCCAGCACGGCCAAGAAAAUCAUCGACGAGGAGGAGGAAAAAGAGGACCGGGCCAGUUUGGAGCUGGAAGUGUCUCAGAUGAACCGGAAGUGGAGCAGCUUCCACCGGGAGGUGGGCGAGACCCGUCAGCUCAUCGACCUCUCCAUCGAUUAUUUCACGCUGGUCGAGGAGGUGGAGCAAUCCUUCCGGACGGGCAGUCAGGUCCUGGUGACAGUCGCCAGGAAAUCCACCCAGGUCAAAACGCCGGAAGAGGCCCACACCCUGUUGAGAGAAGUGGACGGUUUCAUCAAGCCACAAGAGGUCCAAUUGGAACACAAAAUCACCAAAAUAUCCCAGUUGGCCAUCCAACUUUACGGCCAAGAAAGUUCCAAUCGCAUCCAGCCGGUUUUAAAGGAGAACCGGAGCAUGCUGGACUCGUUUUCCGUUAUGAAUUCAGAGCUGGCCACUUUGGCCAUCAAUUUGAAGGCGGCCGAAGACGAUCGUUUCAAACAGGCCGAGACGCAAGCAGCUGUGCAGGAAUCGCUGGAUGCAGCCAGGGCCGAAGCGGCCUCGGCUCGAGCGGCAGCCUCCGCUGCAGAAGAGGCCCGUAAGGCGGCUGAAGCGGCCGCUUUGGCCAUGAAGGAAACGGCGGCCGUUCCGCCCCGACCUCCUCUACCGGCCAGCAUACCCGAACUGCCCAGACCCUCGGCUGCGGCCCUGGCCGCCGGAAGAGCUCCGACUCCUCCGAAACGGUCCAAACAGACGGACUCGCCCGUCGAAGGGCCGGCCUUCACCACUUUGCUGGAAAACGCCACAGUCGAGGAGAGCAAAUCGGUCCAGCUCAGUUGCAGGGUGACGGGCCAACCGACUCCAUCCAUUUCUUGGCUGAAAGACGGGAUGGCCAUCACGAACAAUCCCGACUACCAGACGACGUUCGACGAACGAGAUGGCACCUGUUGUCUGACGAUCGAGGAAACCUUUGCUGAUGACUCAGCCCGUUUUACCUGUCAGGCCAGCAAUUUGGCCGGCUUUGCCCAGACAACGGCCGUCCUACGCGUUCAAGAAUGCCCGGAGGAUGUUUUACUACCCCCGGAGUUCGUGGAGCCUUUGAUGGAUUCGACGGCCAGGGAAGGCCAGCCUCAUCAACUGAGUUGCCGGGUGGUGGGCGUGCCGGCCCCGUUGAUUUCGUGGUACAAGAACGGCGUCUGCGUCGAUCACUCGCGCGAUUACAUCAUCACCUACGACGACGGCCUGUGCCAGCUGGGCUUCUCUCAGGUCUUUGUCGAAGAUGGCGCCAUCUUUGAAUGCCGGGCAGUCAACGAGGCCGGCGACGCCGACACGGCCGCCACUCUCAUCGUCGAACCGCUGGAACCGACGGAAAUUCCGGCUUUCAAACCCGGUUUGAGCAGUAACGUGAUGGCCCGAACCGGGCAGAAAGUCCGGCUAGAAUGCGUCGUCUCGGCCGGCCUUCCCAGGCCGUCGAUUCUCUGGUUGCACAACCACAAACCGGUCAAAGAAACCCGAGACAUUAAAACAUUGGUGGAAGGUAAUAAACAUUUACUGACUAUCACCGAGGCGUUUCCCAAAGAUGCUGGAACGUACACGGUGGUGGCCAGAAACGUGGCGGGCGAAGCCACGACGACAUGCAAUUUGGCCGUCAAGGGCCGGGUCCCGACAGAGACGUCCGACUCUGAGUUGGCGUCUGAUAUGGAACCGAUCAAACCGGGCAUCCAGCAAAGUCUGCCGGCCAGAAUGACGGUGAACGAGGGCGACAAAGUGCGAAUGGAUUGCGUCAUUGUGGCUCAACCCGAACCCGAAGUCAUCUGGUAUCACAAGGAGCGCCCAGUCAAAGAGUCGAGCGAUUUCCAGCUCAUUUUCCAGGGCGAUCGCUGCUCUCUCAUCAUCCGGGAAGCUUUCCAGGAAGAUUCCGGUCUCUACAGAGUUGUGGCCGUCAAUUCGGCCGGCGAAGCGUCCAGCCAGUGUCAACUCGUCGUCUCUCCAGCCAUGGAAGAGAAACGGGCCGACGGGAGGGAAUCAGCGGUGGCGCUGGUUUCGCUGACUGCCCAGCCGGACCCGACGACAACCGAGCCGCCCGUUUUCAAAAAGGUUUUCGGCAACGCUACCGUCGAAGAAGGCGGGCCGUUAGUCUUUGAUUGCACCAUCACUGGCCGUCCCACGCCUCAAGUCCAGUGGCAUUUUAAUGACCAGCUAAUCAGGCCGUCCAGUUUCGGACCCAAAAUGACUCAAAUCGGGGAGAACCAGUACCGGUUGUCCAUCGGGAUGGCCCGUCCAGAGCACGCCGGACGUUACAAAUGCGUGGCGGAGAGCGAGUCCGGAGUGGCCACUUGCAUGGCGGACGCCACGGUCCAGCCGAGGAAGCAGGACGACUCGUUUGUCAGUAGGAGGGCCGUCUUCAGUCAGUCCAGCACCGUCGUCAGCAGCAGCCAGGAGAGUAGCUACCGUUCGGUGACGAGACAGGUCCAGCAAUCCAUCACUCAAGUGUCUGGGCAAAUGGCCCAGCAGACGGCCACUGAGCGGACGGAGGUUGUCGAGAAAGCCGAAGGAGAUGACGAGCCCGUCUUGUCCGUCAAACAGAGAGCCAGUCUCUUUGCUGGACAGGUAGAUCCGGCAGCCGCUAAAGCCGGCCCUGUCCAGCAGCCGGCCAAGAAAACUCAACGAAAAGACGUCGGCCCGAGAUUCGUGACGGCCUUGACGGGCGUCAUGGUCGAGCCGGGCGUCAACAUCCAACUGGAGGGCAUACUGGACGGCCAUCCGGUGCCGGACAUCAAAUGGUACAAGAACGGCGUGGAAAUCAUCCCGUCAGACGAUCAAGAUCGGCUGGACAUUUUAUCGGGCGGCCAAAAAGUCCGUCUGUCCAUCCAACAGAUGGAAGAAUCCGAUGCCGGAAGAUACACCUGCACGGCUCGGAACUCGGCCGGAACGGCCAGCAGCACGGCCGAUGUCGUCGUCCGUCGAACUCAAUUCCCGCCAGUUUUCGGUAGGCGAUUGCAAGCCCAGACGGUCCGUCCUGGAUCGCGGAUCACGAUGGAAGUCGAAGUCACCGGAACUCCUCCGCCGGAAGUCUCUUGGUCUAGAGACGAUCGUCAGUUGACAUCCAGCGAUGACGGCCGAGUGUCCACCAAAGUAGAAGGGACUCGCCACUGGAUCGUUAUCGCCAAAGUGACGGAGCUGGACGCCGGAAGGUACACGGUCAGGGCCCUCAACCGGGCGGGAGAGGCCAUCAGCACGGCGGAAUUGUUCGUCUCACCGCCGGCCGUCGUCCUUGUCGAAGAGCAGCCGGUCAGCCGGAAGCAUCCGCCGCUCAAAGUGGACGUGAGCGUCAAACCGGCCGAUUUGCUGCCGGAACCGCCGCCGGAGGUCCUUUACGCCCCCAAAUCGGAAACGCCGAAAAGCGGAAGCUUUUCCGGCGCCCGGGUCGACUUUGCGGAGAAGACCCGCCUGCUGGAAGAGGCCAGCAAAAUCGUCAGCCCCACCGAAGUGCCGGGCCGGAUUCGACUUUUGCCCAUGCCGUCGUCCGAUUCGGAAUCUCCUCCGCGAAACAUCCGCCCUACUCCGCCGCCGGAAUUGCCACCCCGUCAGCCCAGCCUGGAAUUAUCCAAGUUCGAGCCUUUCCCGGAAUUGGAACCCUUUCCCUUCAAACCGGAUCCUCCGCGUCCGGAAAAGAAGAAAUCUUCCGGCGGUCCGGCCGUACGGAAGCCGGGCAAAUUCGUCCGCGGAGAAUCGCGUGAGAGCGACUACGAAAGCGACUUGGAAGGUGCCCGCAUCACGCCCAGGUGGGUCCCGCCGGGCAGCGACACCGACACGGACACGGCCAGCUACAAGAAAGUCAAACCGAAAUUGGCGUCGGAGGGCGAGCGGACCAGCCGGGCCGUCUCCAAGGAACCGACUCCUCCCACCCAAUUUGAAAUCCCGCCCGAAAUGGAAGGGCCUCCGCGGCCGAAAGUUCUGCCGCUGGAUCCGGAAUUCAUCGCCUCCGUCGCCAAAGCGGAAGAGAUCCAGCAAGUGGUCAUUCCUUUCCUGGCCGCCGCCCAGCAAACUUUGCCCAGAGUCAAGUCGCCCAAACCUCCGUCGGCCGAAGGACUGGCCAUGGAGAAAGCCUGGGUGCCAAAACGUGUGGAGACGGACUCGCCCAGCAAGCAGAUUUCAACGCCGAAAUUGUCCAGCAGUCCGGUCGGUGCUGGCCAUGUCAAACCUUCGCCGAAAGCGCUGGAAAUGGAGAAACAGUGGAGCCACCGGUUUACCAGCCACAAUUCCAAGAUCUGGCCGCCGCCACCGCCGGACAACGAGCCGCCAUCCAUCCCGAUUUGGAAUGCCGGCCAGCCAUCUUCUUCUUCCUUAUCGAGCAGCGUGACGAUUGAAACCACAACGACGACUGCCCAUCAGCUGGUGGAAACGGUGAGCAAGAAAAGCAUUUUGAAAUCAUCGACUAGUCCAGCAGCUGCUGCUGCUGGACCGGAGCGACGCGUCACAAUCCAAGGCGACGGAAAUGACGAAGUGGCCGUCGACGUGGCGAAGGCUGUCCCAGCCGUCAUCUCUUCUUUGGAGCCGGCCUUGAAGUUGGAACCACCACAGGCCAGCAGCCGGAGCAGCAGCAGCAGCGCUAAGGAGUUUGAACCUUUCCGCCAAUUGGAGCCGUUCCCGUUCGAGCCGGACGCCCCCCGCCCAGCCGAGGGCAUCAAGACAUCGUCGGAAGGGCCUCCGCCCGUCGUUCGCAGGCCGGCCAAGUUCGUUCAAGGGCAGUUUGUGGAGAGUGACUACGAGAGCGAACUGGAAGGGUCCCGCAUUCCGUCCAGGUGGCAACCGCCGGGCAGCGACACGGAAGAAACGUCCGGUGGCUACAAGAAAAUCCAAUUGCCGAUCAAGUUGCCCGCCGACGACGUCAAGCCGGGCGAGUCGAAACAGCAGCAGCCGGACAAAUCGCCGUCGCCUCCAUCCAAGUUCGACGCCAAUCCGCCGCAAUUCGAUGGACCUCCCCGGCCGGAAUUCAAGAAGCCGUCGCCGCCCAUUCAGCCGGAACCGAAAAUUCAACCUCAGCCGGAAGUGUUUCAAAGAAAACCGUCCAUCACGGGCACGGAAACCGUCCAGCGGAUGCAGAUGGAAGAGUCGACCCGUUUCAGCAAACGAUUCGUCACAGUUGAACAAACGACAAGAACUGUCCAGCUGCAUCCUGCUGAUCUGGUCCAUCCGCCCACCCAGCCGGUAGUUGCUAUUCCGCCGGCGGUUAUUCCACGACCCGUUGAUCCAGCACAGCCGCUGGAACCGUUUCCGUUCGUGCCGGAUCCUCCGCAGCCGCGCAAAGUCCAUUCGCCCAUGUCGUUCGCCAGCAAGCCCAGCAAGUUCAUUCCGGCCGGAUACAGUCGGGAGAGCGACUACGAAAGCGAUUACGACGGGGCCAAAAUCCGGCCCAGGUGGACGCCGGCCGGCAGCGACGCCGAAUAUGAGCCGGCCUACCGUAAAGUCCGGCCGCCGUCAUCAACGCCCGGCGGCAACGGGAGCAAAAGGGCCGCCAGUGGGGCAAGGUCUCCAACGCCGCCUUCCGUCUUCGAUCAGCCGCCCAGUUUCCAAGGCCCACCUCGCCCAGUCAUCAGUCCGACGGAUGUGAUUAAAAUCAAAUCCGCGCUUCAACAGUCAGAGGAGAGGCCCGUCUUACUAGUCAAACCCAAAGCCAUACGGCCACCACCACCAGCUCCGGCCGUCUCACAGCCGGCCUUGCAGCCGGCCGAGGAGCCCAUUUAUUCCUACGCCGAACCGCCGCCACCCACGGCCGCCGCCGCCCAGGAGAAAGCGGCCUCCCAUUUCAGUCAGAUGUCGGACGCUUUCCGGACAAAGGCCCAGCAUUUCGCCCAGCAAGUCAUUUCGGAUGUCAAAGCCAAUUCGAGUCUCGUUACCAGCCCUACCGAGCCGACGGCGGCGGACCAGCCACCGACCGCUGAGGCCGUUCCUGCCGUUGUCGUCCAGCCGGAAGUGACGGGCAAAGAGCCUCAAGCCUAUCACGAAGAAAGUCGACAGUCCGAGUUUGGUACUAAACAUAUCGAUCCAGAUACCGGCCUAAUUUACUUCAAAUACGAUUUCGGCUACGAGUUUGGUCUGGUGCUGCCCGGGGAGCCCCAAAAAGUGGACAAGAUCGAGACCAGCAUUGGCAAGGAAGGUACCAUUGAGCUGCCAGUCCUCCACGAACAAUCGGUGACUCCAACUCCUCCAGCCAAUCCUCCAGCAGCAGCAACGGUCCCAGCAGCAGCUGCUGCAGAAGCACAGAGUCCCACGAAAAAAGAGAUACCCAAUUUCAAACCAAAGAAGUUCACUCAAUUCAAAGCCGCCAAGUGGGAGCCUACAGACAGCGAGCUGUCUGACACAGAGGGCAGCAAGGGGCCUUCACGUUACUAUGAAGAGAGGAAGCAGAGCUACAGCAAAUUCCAGCCUCCAGAGCACAGCCCCAGCCCGCAGUCCCUGGCCUCCACAUCACCCCGGAGCAGCAUCACAGGACCUACAAAGCUGCCAGAAUAGAACUGUGACCAAUCACAUCUUUAACGGUUGGAGGGGAGGUACACCCAAACUGCCAGUCCCAGGUGAGACAUGAAGAAUGGAGAAUGUUCUAAUGUGACGAAACAGCAGAGCAGAAAUACCUUUUAAUUUAAGAAAAAAAGAAUAACAAUUACGAUUCUAGAAUCAGCUUUUAUACGUAUAAACAAUUGACUUGAUUCAUUUACUCUUCUUCUGUAUUGGAAUUCGGCCCUAUUUCUCUUGACAUUGUUUAUCAUCGACUCGCACAGAAUUUGUUUGUGUUUCUUCCCAAUUUUGUUUCUUUCUUCUUUCUCCCGUUUGAUCCGAAAUUCUUGUUUAUUUUGGCUUCGGGGCUACAUCUAGUGGACAUUGGUAGAACUAAACCCUUUCUCACCUGGAGACGAUUAAAUAAAUACACGAAAAAAAU